UUUGAAAACAAAAUAUAUUAACGAAGGUCCGUGCUGAUGUUGUAACGUUGAAACAUGGAGCGAUUACUUUUCAAUGUGUUUAGUUUAAUUGUGCUAUUAGUAUGUUGGCCAAAAAAUACGAAAGGUCAAAGUUCGGGCCAUCUGGCGAUCAGUACUGUGAUGCAAGGUCCUACCACAGCCGGCAACACACACGUUUCCAUAGCAUCCUUUCAAACUGUCCAUGACAGUACGAACGUCUCAUUAACUGACCGAAUCGGCUUUUUCUCGUCCUACAGCCAUGCAAUCUUGAGUCUUGACGUCGACGUCAACAGGAAGAAGCUGUAUAUCUAUGACCGAUACAUGGCUGCCAUUUACAUGAUGAGUAACUUUACGACUGAUAUGGCUAUUGGUAAUUUCUCUUGGAGCCUACUUCAUGCCGGUGUUUCAAGGGGAUUUGUGAAGUUGGCUGUUGACUGGAUUUCCAACAACUUAUAUUGGACUGAUCCCAUGUAUCGCUGGAUUGCUGUACAAUCGCUGGACAAUGACGGAAUGUUCAAAAUAUUAUUUCAUUCGGAUCUUAAAUUUCCUUUGGGAAUUGCUGUAGACCCAAUUCACAACUAUUUGUUCUGGAGCGAUGCAGGAUCAACUCCUAAAAUUGAACGAUCAACACUGACCGGAUCUGAUCGUAAAGUUAUCGUCUCUACCGGAAUCCUGUAUCCAACAGCAAUCGACGUCGACAUCGCUAACUCUAAAAUAUUUUGGACGGACGCAAGCCGGGAUACAGUUGAGAUGGCUAGCUUCACCGGCUCGGGCAGAAAAACUGUCAGAAGAUUAUCUCAUACAUAUUUCUACGAUAUUGCACUAUUUCAGGACACUAUUUUCGUCACGUCAUUCUACUCGGAGAGCAAGAACCAGAUAAUAAUUAUGAACAAAACCACGGGUGAACUGGACAACAACCUACCCUAUUUUUACCUGACACAUCCUGACGUUAGCUUGGAAGUCAUAGCGGUAUCAGUGGUGUCGCAGGCAAUACAGCCUUUGAUUACAGACCACUGUGCCAGUAAUCCUUGCAGCGAUAUCUGUGUGAGUGGCCAAGCCGCGUACAACUGUCUGUGUCGAGAGGGCUUCCUGUUUCAAAACAGCGUCUGUGUUGAAGACGCAGGUCCCCUUCAUCGCGGGUUAGUAUGGUCAACACCGACGGCCGUGUGUAUUGCGGAUAUAAGAGGUAUCAACGACCAAGAAUGGUACAUAAAGGCGAACAAGACAUGUAAAUAUGGCGUUGGCACUGCAAUUUCUCAUAUCGUUGUUGAUUCGCAUGGUCGUAAAAUCAUUUACGCAGACACUAAUAGUGUAAAGGCUAUGAACGUUGACGACAUGCGUAUUGUAGUGACGCUUUUUACUGCCACAGAGACAGUAACAGGUCUUGCCGUCGAUUGGAGAGACGGGAACGUGUAUUGGUGCCAAGGAAAAUCACAUGGCGCUGGGCAAAUCUGGGUCUUCUCACAAACAGAUAGCACGUCAUAUAAACUGGUCGACAAUCUUGACAACGUGAAAUCAAUAAGCAUUGUUCCACUACAAAGUGCCAUGGUGUGGAUAGCCGGUGGAGAUAUCGAGAGGCAAAUCUUCAAAUCUCAGCUUGAUGGCACGGACGUACAAGUUUUAGUCAACAAAGACAAUCUUACGUCUGCGGUGGAUCUGACCGUCGAUCUUGAUAAAAACCUGGUAUAUUAUAUCAAUGACGACUUCAUAGAAACCAUUCGGCUCGACGGGACCAACCAUAAAGUCCUGUCAACACCCAAUAUCUGGUCUUCUACGUUUUCGCCGUCCAGAAUACAUACUUAUAAGAAUUACCUGUUCAUGGUUGAUAUCAAUUUCCCAUCAUAUGAGCGGGAAGUUGACCUUAUAGACUUGCUGCAUGUGUCGAUGGAAGACACACUGUCGACUCUAAUCAAUGUUACUGACAUUGCGAUACUGGAUAUCACUACCCAAGCGCAUCUCUACGGACCAUGCGAUGUAGCAAACGGUGAUUGUGAACACAUCUGUUUACCAAUCGGCAGGAAUCGCGUAUGUCAGUGUGAAUACGGCUUUACCCUGGAAGCGAACAAGGAAACAUGCUCCUCGCAGCCUCUAUUGAACGACUUUCUAUUCGUUGUUGAUUGGACACACGACAAAAUAUACCAAGUGUCCUUGGUAAAUGGUGAGGCCCGAGGAUUAGAUUCUGAUAUGAUACAAAACCCGGUCGGACUAGAGUACAACCAUCUUACCGGAAAGGUGAUCUGGGGAGAUACAGGCGACUAUCUCUUGCAACAAGUCAACCUCGAUGGUACCGAUUAUGAAGUUUUGGUCGAUGUCGGAAGGUAUUACGCACAUCCCGACCGAAUGGCGAUUGACUACAGCACGGGAAAUAUAUUUUACACAUCUGUAAGGACAGACGACCUCGGAUUUUCGGGGAUAGCCGUUGUAACGCCAGAUGGGGUACAUAAGAAAAUUGUCAAGUAUGGGCAAAACCCACGGGCCAUAGCGCUGGACCCGGAACAGGGUUUAAUGUUCUGGACUGACCACGGGACGACGCCUGCUGUCCUAAUGCGAGCUAACAUGGACGGGUCGGAAAUAACCCGCGUAUACGACAAGAUGUUGUGGCCAAACGGCAUUGCAAUCAGCAGUAAAGCCAAGACCGUGUAUGUAACGGACGGAAAUUCUGACCGGAUAUACGCAUGCACGUUCAGCGGCUCGUGCUCCGUGUUUCACGAGGAUCCCGGGGCGCAUCUCAUGGAUAUCAAGCUGUUGGACGACUACCUGUUUUACUCCGCAUGGAACAAAGUGUACAUUACACGAAUAGAUAUCCACACUAAGGAGAUUGUAAAGUUUGCUGAGAACGCCGAACUUGGAAGACUGGAUGCCAUCGCCGUGUACAGUUCUUCUUUUUCCAUAUCAGUUACCAGUUCCUGCAGCCCGAACAAUGGCAGAGCUGACUGCAGCACACUUUGUCUCCCUCACUUUGAUGGAUAUACGUGCGCAUGCGCAGAUGGUGUGUCCUUAUUACCAGAUUGGAAGACUUGCUCGGAUGUUCAAACAACAACUAUAAAAACUACUUUGUCCACACCUACCGUGGCAACUACUACUCAAACAACAACGUCAAGCACAACAACUGUCCCUACCAGAACUACGUCUACACCCGUAACAACAACUUCUUCACCGUCGCGGUCCAGUACGAGCGUGCAGGGGACGCCCGCUGCCGCCAUUAAUGGUGCUUCCAUGAUCCCAUAUAUUGGCGGUGGUGCUGGAGGUGCUCUUGUGCUCAUUGUUGCCGUCGUUAUCGUCUGUGCCAUCUGCUUUGUGCGGAAAAGGCGAGCUGAUAGCGGUCCCCGGUACCUGAACGACAAUGAAGGGUUCGAUCACAGCGCCGUUUUCCAAGGGGCUAGCGUCGAAAUUCGCGGGCUUGAGAGUCACGAGUACGAAUCCCCACAAUAUGUAGCGGCAAUUAGGCCAACAAAAAAUCCGGAAUACAGUGCGACACAAAGUAACGACUACCUCCACUUCCCCCAACGAGACACCAUGUACGAUAUGAUACCUUGCGACAUUGCUCCACCACUUCCGUAUGAGGCUAACGGGACCGACCCCCAAACCACGCUACCGGAACGCCACUUCAGCACAUUGCCGAGCACCACGGAGGUAAGCGCCCUGUCGUUUAUUUCCGGCCAUACCGAACAUUCCAAUUAUGUGACGCCUUCGGAAACCGGUGACAGCUAUGUCGGCUAGAUCAGCAACUAGGAACUUGACCGGCGAGAAAUGAAAGCUUCUGAAUCACUACACAUACCAUUUCUGGGAUGAACUCUACAGCCUAGCGUUGCCGAAACGGCAUGCUAUAUGAGUAACUAAACAAUGUAAAUGGCAUGUUAAUCCAUUGUACACAAAUAUGGGGAGGCUUUGGAUUAACUUUGAUUAAAAAAAAAAUGUAUAUCUCUGUAAUACGUUCAAUUUUUGGGUAUAAAAAAUAUCGUAUUUUUAUGUCAACAUGUUUGUAUAGAGUAAGUAUGUACUGAAUAUUUGUAAACAUUUGAUGGCGUCAAUAUGUUAUAUUGUUUCCAUGACGUCAUUAGUGAAACCUACAAUAGAUACCGAACAUCUCGAAUGUUAACUAUAUCUUUAUAAAGUAAUAGGUAUUGCAUCUCAUGAAUCAGCUUUUAUGACGUGUUCUUAAAUAUACCGUAAACAGUUCAAGUUUGUUUUUAAUUUUAACGCAUCAUUAUCUUUAACUCAUUUGACUUUAAUGUACUAUUCAUUUGAACUUUACACAAAAUGUAUGCUUUUGUUGGUUUGAUUAUUUAAGUCAUCUUAUAGUGUGCCCCUUUUCAUAUAUACUAUUAAUGGUGUGUAUAUUUUCCCCAUGUGCUUGUAUUCUUAAUAGUGAACAUAGAACCAUUUGCGUCUUAUCUGUUGCUUUACGAUCGGUCACGUGUCGUCAUAUUAAAUAAUACUUUAUUUAAGGAGUUCAGGAUUUUUUUAUUUCUUGGUAAGCAUACUUACAUUUUCCCUGGACGAUUUGAAUAACAUUACAUAUAUUAUAUGAUGUUCAAUUUUUUUUAUCAAAUGCUUUUUUUGCAAUAAAAUAGCGAUAUAAUAUCUUC